UGAUGGAAUUUUGGACUGCCUACUAGUAAACCUAUCUAGUUUGGGCUCAUUAGAUUCGUCUCAACAUAUUCUAAUAUUUUUUCCUGAUGAUGAGGACCUGACGAUGGACUGGAAGGUGGCUAAUGCACCCUGGGCUGCCUACUAGUAAACAAAUCGAGUUUGGGCUCAUCAGAUUUGUCUUAACAUAAUAAAACUUGGCAAUUAUAUGUAGAUAAGAUGAAAUAUUUUUGGCUUUUUAGUGCAGUGCAGUUUUUUUGCAUAGAUUUAUUUUUGUUGAAACUUAGAUGAUGAUCUAUGAUGUCUAGAUGUUUGCGAGAUAUAGUCUGUGCUGAAAGAGAAUGAGAUUUAGAUUGGAGGGCGCUGUGGUGCUUUUCUACCGUAUUUGUAAGGUUUUACCCCUUUUAGACAUGAUUAAAUACAAAAAAACCGCAAGAAAUCACAACAACAAACAAAUUCGUAUCAAUACAAAACUUUGACGUUUUACAGAUUGCUGGGUUUGAUUGCCAUAUAGAAUUUUUAAUGUUAGUUCCGUUUUCGCCACACCCAUUUUCUUUCCGCAUAGAUUCUACUAAUCUUUGUAACAAACGAACUUCUAAAUUAUAUAUGCUCUUUCUUAUGAUAGAGCUUUGUUAAAGUGACAAUUCUGCCAAGUCAUCAACGUUAUUUUUCCAAACGUGCUUCAUUUUGACAGAGUAUUUAGAAACAAGAUUUAUUAGAACCUAUAUUUUAGAGAAAUAAAUACUUUUAAAUAUAAUUUAUCAAUGAGUGACACUGUGAGUUCAAGAACUAAAACAUUGACUGAAAGUGAUGGGUCUGAGGCCAGUGAAGAACCCAUUAUAUCAGACCGUUGGAGCAACAACAUCACCUACCGGCAACUUGUGAUAUCAUCAUGCAUCGGUAUACUCCAACUGUGGUGGCACCCAUAUGUGCACGACCUCAGCAAGCUGAUACCCUUCAUAUUCCUCUACAAUGUAUUCAGCAUAUUCAUCGGCUACCCGAUGUUCUACCUCGAACUCGCGCUGGGCGUGGUCACCAAAAAGGGAGUGCUGAGAUGUUGGGACUUAGCCCCUAUGGCUAGAGGAAUAGGUUUCGCCAUGAUACUGUGCAGUGUGUUGACCGCGCUGGCGCUUGGCGCUGUAGCCGCCUGGUGUCUGGCACUGUUUGUUCAUUCGUUCCACUCGUUCUUGCCGUGGCUACACUGCGCUGCCUCUGCCAUGCCUGCCUGCGCUGCCAGACACCGGCCUCUACCGCUGGGGAGUGAAACGCCAGCACAGUCGUUCUUUUUUAACUUCGUGUUAAACUUGAAGCGCGAUGGUUUGGAGGGAGGACUGGGUAAUGUAGUGUGGGAGUUGACGGUCUACUUCGUUAUAUGCUGGCUUCUCAUCUACUUCAUUGCCGUCAAGCGGAUCUACAGCUAUUCCAAGCUGGUGUUGUUCAAAGACGUGAUGGCUUACUUCGUCCUCGUGUGCUUCGCUCUGGGUGCCGCUCGGCUCAACGGAGCUACAGCCAUGUUCCGGCUCUGCGAUUGGAGCGUGCUCGCUAAUAACAUGGAGAUAUGGCGUGACGCAGUAGAAUACUCGCUAGUAGAAAUGUCGGUGUCGCAAGGCGCGCUGAUAAUGCUCGGAGCAUACUGUCCCAAAGAGCGGCACAGGUUGAGAGUGACUGCGAUGUUGGCCUUCGUUGCUUCUAAGACCAGCUGCAUGAUCAGCGCGUUUGUAUUGGGAGCCACUCAUGGCGCGUUGCAAUACGAUUACGAUGCCAAUAGUACUGGUACUUGGAAAGGUGCGUCAGCAUCGUUGGUGCUGUGGGAAGACUUCGUAGCUCGGGUGCCCGGCAGUCAGUUUUGGUCCGCGCUGCUGUUCUUCACCUUGUUUGUGGUGGCACUCUCAUCUACGGCACUGUUGGUGCAAACUAUAAUGUCAUCGCUGACCGGACGCUCGAUGCGGAAGAUCAGAUGGGCUUUCCUGAUACUCACGUGUGUUCUCUUCGGUAUUAUUGGGACAAUGACACUGUGCUCGCAGGGUGGUCUUUACAUACUAAACUUCCUGAUGGAAUGGCCAGUCGGUAGGCCGCGGGUUUUGGUCGCCGCAAUGUGUGCGAUAGUGGUGACGUACGUUUACGGGCAGUCUACGUUCUGCGAGGACGUUUUCUUCGCGGUGGGCGAGUACCCUGGGGUGUUCAUGAGGGUCUGUUGGGCAGUGACACCUUGUUUCCUGGUGGGUAUAUUUCUGUCGGGAGCGAGCGCAUUUCAUACUCGCGAGGCGGUGGCCGGCUGGGCGUUGAUAGCGCUGGCUCUGCUGCCCAUGGCGAUCAUCAUGAUGUUCUACGCCAUAUUUAAGUGCAGAGUCAGGAAUAUUGUCGGCAAUGAAAAAUAAUAAACUUAUCCUAAAAAUAAAGAUAAUUUUACAUCAUAUAGACUUUUAUUUAUCAUACUCCCGAAGCCGGCAACACAUUCAAGAAAUUAGGUUUUACAGAAUUAUUAUAUUAAAUCCGUAGGUACCCCAAGCACGAACUAUCUAGUAUCGCCAUCUUAUAAGUUUCUAGUGUUUCUAUGGUAAGAGCCAGAUUCAUAAAAGUAUCUAAGUACUACUUAUGAUGAUGUCUAUCUAUACAAAUACUUUCUUGCUAGUUGAUCGUUUUUCAUUUUGGAUGCUUUUUCAAACAACACACCAGUCAAAAAAGUCUCAAGUUCCUUGGUUCCAGUUCUAAGCAAGCGCAUUAUGAGUGCAUAUCUUAUAUCAAGCUGUGCUUCGCCGUGCGUGAGGAGCCACUUACUG